AUGCUUCCAAGCUGGAACCUUCCCAUACGGGGGGGCUUGAUACGCACGAGGAUAUUGACGCAGACUUCUCCCUCAUCAUCAUCAACAUCAACGAUAAGACUCUGCAGCACAAGACUCAGAUCAAGGCCAACCUCCCCAUAUUGGGUGGGACACUUCUCAACCACCUCUCAAACACCAAGCCCAACGCCUCGGCCGCGCCGCUCGGCAACAUCCAAGCUCCUGGCUUUCACCCUCAUCACCGCCUCCGCCAUCUACCAUCUCACCACUGACGACUCAGCCCCGUCGUCAGCUCACAUAUUCAACGACCACCGCUUCACCCCCUUCACCCUGGUAGACCGCGAACCCGUAUCAGCGAGCUCCUUCGUCCUCACUCUCCACCCCUCCACCACCCUCCCACCAUCCGAGGUAGCCGCCCAGCUCGCCGCCCCCUGGACAGCGAACGACCUCUGGUCCCUCGAAGUCAAGCAGCCCCAGCUGCAGAUCGCCCGCGAGUACACGCCGCUCCCCAACGCACCCCCCGGGGCCCUGCGCUUCCUCGUGCGCGCCAUCGACGGCGGCGAAGUCUCCACGUAUCUGAGCCGCCUGCCCCUCGGCGCCACCAUCGACCUCCGCGGACCCCACGGCAGCUUUGAUCUCCAAGCCCGCCUCCGUCCCGCGGGCCGCCUCGUCUUUCUCGCAGGCGGCACCGGCAUCGCCUCGGCCCUGCAAGCCGCACACUCCGUCCUCGACCGCACCGACAGCCCUCCACCGGACGUGACCAUCCUCUGGGCCGUCCGCGCCCGCGACGAGAUCCAGGCCACCCAGCCAGCAGCAGCAGCAGCAGCAGCAGCCUCCCCGCGCCGCCCCUGGUGGAACCCCUUCCAGGCCGCGGCCCCGGCGCCCGAGCGCCUAACCCCAGACAUGGCCGCCCCGACCCAGACAACCCGCGACCUCCUGGCCCUGCAGGCCCGCCACCCCUCCCUGCAAGUCCACCUCUUCAUCGACGGCGCCACGGCGCCCCUCUCCGCCGCCGUCCUCGCCGCCACCCUCCGCGCCGCGCCCGCGGCACCGCACUCCGACGCAUUAGGGCCGGGUGGUUAG